CUCUGACCCACCAAAGUUUGCUAACGGAGAGAGCGGGAGGUUUGUGUGUGGUUCGGUGCGGAGUGGCUAGCAGCGGGCAAGGGCUUAUCCUGGACUUCCCUUCACCACAAGUGAGCAUCCAAGCAGGAAAUUGCGUACAAAUCCCAAGGAAAUGGUCCCGGCAUGGUUGCAGGGUCCUUGCGGCGUGGUUGCGGGCCUGAGACCGAGGAAACUCCGGGCGCUGUGCCUGCUCCUGGCCGCCGUGCUGCAGGCCGUCGGCGAGUCGGCGCCGCCAGCCGAAAAAACUUCCAAACCAAGUCGCCUGCCAGCUGAGAGAGUAAAGAGAAAUUAUGGCCCCAACAUCUGUUUCAACAGAGGUCAGCAGCAGUGUUGUCCAGGCUGGCAGCGGUCAGCCGGCAGUGGACAGUGUCUGCAGGCACACUGCCCCUUUGGGUGUGGGAACGGAGUGUGCAUCGCCCCGUACACAUGUCGCUGUCCCACGGGACCGAACCAAGGCUACCAUAUCAGCUGCCAGGAUGAAGUAGAAAAUACCCUCAGGCCAGAUGUUUAUACAGUCCAGGAAGGUCUUCCUCCUCUGCCAGUAGAUCUAUCAAAAGAGCAUUCAUCCCCCUACAGAAGAAUACGAGUUCACAAGAGAAUAACAAUCAAGAAAAGGCCCAAAGUUCCCCCUCGGCCGGUGGACCAGGAAUUCAGUGCUGCAGCACUAGUAGAGACGUAUCCUGUGGGACAGGAGGUUGUGGAGUCUACAGGUGUGCUGCAGCCUGGAGAUACCCAGUAUGUGGACAGAGGACAGACGUUAACACUAUGCAGCGGUUAUGGCUGUGGACAGCAAACACUGUGCGUGAACUACGGCGGAUGUCAGCCUGGACAGCCCAUCCAGCGACAGCCAACCAGUUGUGCCACUGCCGGCUGUGAACAGCGAUGUCAGCUGGUCAACGGACAGCCCAUCUGCACCUGUUACCAUGGCUACACGCUAAAGGAAGACGGCCGAUAUUGUGCAGAUGUGGAUGAGUGCACGAGAUACGGUAACUCCUACCGACUGUGUGAGCAGGAGUGCCAGAACACGGUGGGCAGUUACUACUGCAGCUGUCAGCCCGGCUUCGUCCUGCAGCCCAACAGGAGAACCUGCUCCCCUGUACCAGGCAUACCUACGUCUGUCAUCCUUCCAGGAGAUUGCACCAGUGGUUGUCCAGGUGGAGAGCAGAUAUGUGGUGUUGGGUUUGAGCUUCAGCAGACACCAUACGGAGAACAGUGUGUGGAGAUUGAUGAAUGUACCCAGUCCCACUGUAGCCAGGGGUGCAGAGAUAGCGAGGGAGGGUUCACUUGUACCUGUCUGGAGGGGUUCAAGCUGGAUGCAGACGGCACAAGAUGUAUCGAUGAGGAUGAGUGCUCUCAGGACAACUGGCGCCCGUGUCACCAAAUCUGCCAGAACACCGUGGGCAGCUUCCAGUGUUCCUGUCAACAUGGCUUCAGGCUGCUGAACAACGGCAGGUCCUGUAUGGAUAUCAAUGAGUGCACAGAAGGUCGUCCCAGGUGUCACCACCAGUGCCAGAACACCUACGGCAGCUACAAGUGCACCUGCAGAUCAGGCUUCAGGCUCCUGGAGGAUGGCAGCACCUGUGGAGACAUAGACGAGUGUGCAGUGACUGCUGGGAUCUGCCAGGGGGCGUGUGUGAACACCAUCGGGUCGUACCAGUGUGCCUGUCCUCAGGGUUAUAACAUGGAAGGAGGGAGAUGUGUCGACGUUGACGAGUGUCGGCAGCCUGACAGGGGUCGUUGUGAGCAGAUGUGCGUCAACAACGUGGGCAGCUACUUCUGCUCCUGUAACAGGGGCUUCGUCUUGACGUCUGAUGGACGGGGCUGUGGAGAUAUCGAUGAGUGUGAACUCUAUGGAACCAGAGUUUGCCAACAGGGCUGCACCAACACCUAUGGCAGCUACACAUGUCACUGUCCUGAUGGGUACAAGCUGCAUGAAAAUGGGCAGAACUGUGUGGAUGUGGAUGAAUGUCAGGUCCAUACCAGGAUGUGCCACUAUGAGUGUCAGAACACGAUGGGGUCGUUCUCCUGCUCCUGUCCGCCAGGCUACACGCUAGGGAGUGACGGCAGGACUUGUAAUGAUAUCGAUGAGUGUGCGCUUGGUGGGAAUGGCUGCCAGCACGGCUGCCAGAACAACAUCGGUAGCUACGUGUGCGUGUGCAGGGAUGGAUAUACCAUAGACCCCAACGGACAGUGUGUCGAUGAGGACGAGUGUGGUGCAGACAACCCCUGCUCUCACCAGUGUGUGAACACAGAAGGGGGGUUCCAGUGCCUCUGUCCCCGGGGACUCAGCUUGAUGCCUGAUGGCCAGCGAUGCGAAGAUCGUGACGAAUGUGCCCAGCCCAGCCAAGGCGGCUGCCAUCACAGCUGCGUCAACAUACACGGCAGCUACUACUGCACCUGUAACCAUGGUUACAGGCUCAUGCCUGACAGAAAGAGGUGUCAAGCCACAGACACCGGUACAGGCUGCCCGGAAGUCUCCAUCCCCUGCCCCAUGCAGUGUCCUCAGGGUUUCAGGCCAGACUCCACUGGAGUCAACUGUGUAGACAUUGACGAGUGCCAGGUGCUGCAGACGUGUGGUUACUGCAGUGGCUACAGGAAGUGCAGCCACACCUGCGUGAACACCGCCGGCAGCUUCUACUGCACCUGUCCGCCCAGCCUCACCCUCCACCCUGAUGGACGCACCUGUGUGCCAGUGUCACCCCAGCCUACCUGUGACAGGACGUGUCUGAAUGGCGGAACCUGCCGUGUGUCGGGCGGCUGUUACACCAGCUGUGUCAUCACCUACUGCGAAUGUCCCGAUGGGUUCACUGGACUCAACUGUGAGAUAGGAGCUGGUGGGUGCAGCCCACCUUGUGCUAAUGGCGGAAGCUGUGUGGAGAAGGAGUGUGUGUGUCCACCAGGACUUACUGGCAAAACUUGUGCUAUAGAUAUAAACGAGUGCCAGACCAAUGUAUCUGAAUGCGCUCAUCGUUGCCAGAACACCUUCGGCAGCUUCCAGUGUCUCUGCCCUCCCGACUCCACUCUUAAUGCGGAUGGCAAGACAUGCAAAGAGAUUGGCUGCUUCCCAGACUGUAUGAGUGGAGGGAGUUGUGUGAACAACAAGUGUGUGUGUCCGACAGGACUAAAUGGACCAACCUGCCAGCAAGAUGUGAAUGAGUGCUUGGAGAACAAUGGUGAAUGUGAUGAAAUCUGUAGGAACACUUUUGGCAGCUACAACUGUUUCUGUAAAGCAGGGACUACCCUCAACCCAGAUGGCAAAACCUGCUCUGAUGGCACCUGCCAGCCUGCCUGUGAAAAUGGUGGCAAAUGUGAGAAUGGUGUUUGCCUUUGUCGAGAAGGAUUCAUGGGGCCAUCAUGUGCUAUUGAUAUUGAUGAGUGUGGACUUGAGAUUGAGUCCUAUAGAACGUGUGACCAUGAUUGCGUCAACACUGUCGGCAGCUACUACUGUACAUGUGUCUUCGGGUACCAACUCCAGGAGGAUGGAAGGUCAUGCAAAGAGCGUGGCUGUGACCCUGCCUGUGAGAAUGGAGGCACCUGUCAGUUUGGACAGUGUAUCUGUCCAGUAGGCUACUCUGGACCCACCUGUAGCUCUGAGGAGCCCUGUGAGCCUGCCUGUGAGAAUGGAGGCACCUGUGUGGCUGGGGAAUGCCUCUGUCCACCAGGCUACCUUGGACCCAGCUGUGCCAUUGAGGCGCCCUGUGAGCCUACCUGUGAGAAUGGAGGCACCUGUAAGGCUGGACAGUGUGUCUGUCCACCAGGCUACCUGGGGCCCAGCUGUGCUAUAGAGGCACCCUGUGAGCCUACCUGUGAGAAUGGAGGCACCUGUAAGGCUGGACAGUGUGUCUGUCCACCAGGCUACCUGGGGCCCAGCUGUGCUAUAGAGGCGCCCUGUGAGCCUACCUGUGAGAAUGGAGGCACCUGUGUGGCUGGACAGUGCCUGUGUCCACUGGGGUACCUGGGGCCAAACUGUGCUGUUGAAGCGCCCUGUGAGCCUUCCUGUGAGAAUGGAGGCACCUGUAAGGCUGGACAGUGUGUCUGUCCACCAGGCUACCUGGGGCGUGAUUGUCUCAUUGAGAUGGCCUGUGAGCCUACCUGUGAGAAUGGAGGCACCUGUAAGGCUGGACAGUGUAUCUGUCCACCAGGCUACCUGGGACCCAGCUGUGCUAUAGAGGCACCCUGUGAGCCUACCUGUGAGAAUGGAGGCACCUGUGUGGCUGGACAGUGCCUGUGUCCACUGGGGUACCUGGGGCCCAGCUGUGCUGUUGAGGCGCCCUGUGAGCCUACCUGUGAGAAUGGAGGCACCUGUAAGGCUGGACAGUGCCUGUGUCCACCAGGCUACCUGGGGCCUAGUUGUGCCAUUGAGGCGCCCUGUGAGCCUACAUGUGAGAAUGGAGGCACCUGUAAGGCUGGACAGUGUGUCUGUCCACCAGGCUAUCUGGGACCCAGCUGUGUUAUUGAGGCGCCCUGUGAGCCUACCUGUGAGAAUGGAGGCACCUGUAAGGCUGGACAGUGUGUCUGUGAACCGGGCUAUCUUGGACCCAGCUGUGCCAUUGAGGCGCCCUGUGAGCCUACCUGUGAGAAUGGAGGCACCUGUGUGGUUGGACAGUGCCUUUGUCCACUGGGGUACCUGGGACCCAGCUGUGCUGUUGAGGCACCCUGUGAGCCUACCUGUGAGAAUGGAGGCACCUGUAAGGCUGGACAGUGUGUUUGUCCACCAGGCUACCUGGGACCCAGCUGUGCUAUAGAGGCGCCCUGUGAGCCUACCUGUGAGAAUGGAGGCACCUGUAAGGCUGGACAGUGUAUCUGUCCACCAGGCUACCUGGGACCCAGCUGUGCUAUAGAGGCACCCUGUGAGCCUACCUGUGAGAAUGGAGGCACCUGUAAGGCUGGACAGUGUGUCUGUCCACCAGGCUACCUGGGACCCAUCUGUGCUAUAGAGGCACCCUGUGAGCCUACCUGUGAGAAUGGAGGCACCUGUAAGGCUGGACAGUGUGUCUGUCCACCAGGCUACCUGGGGCCUAGCUGUGCCAUUGAGGAGCCCUGUGAGCCUACCUGUGAGAAUGGAGGCACCUGUAAGGCUGGACAGUGUGUCUGUCCACCAGGCUACCUGGGGCCUAGUUGUGCUAUAGAGAUGGCCUGUGAGCCUACCUGUGAGAAUGGAGGCACCUGUAAGGCUGGACAGUGUGUCUGUCCACCAGGCUACCUGGGACCCAGCUGUGCUAUAGAGGCGCCCUGUGAGCCUACCUGUGAGAAUGGAGGCACCUGUAAGGCUGGACAGUGUGUCUGUCCUCCAGGCUACCUGGGACCCAGCUGUGCUAUAGAGGCGCCCUGUGAGCCUAUCUGUGAGAAUGGAGGCACCUGUGUGGCUGGACAGUGCCUUUGUCCACUGGGGUACCUGGGGCCCAGCUGUGCUAUAGAGGCCCCCUGUGAGCCUACCUGUGAGAAUGGAGGCACCUGUGUGGCUGGACAGUGUGUCUGUCCACCAGGCUACCUGGGCCGUGGUUGUGCCAUUGAGGCACCCUGUGAGCCUACCUGUGAGAAUGGAGGCACCUGUAAGGCUGGACAGUGUGUCUGUCCACCAGGCUACCUGGGACCCAGCUGUGCUAUAGAGGCACCCUGUGAGCCUACCUGUGAGAAUGGAGGCACCUGUAAGGCUGGACAGUGUGUCUGUCCACCAGGCUACCUGGGACCUAGCUGUGCUAUAGAGGCGCCCUGUGAGCCUGCCUGUGAGAAUGGAGGCACCUGUGUGGCUGGACAGUGCCUGUGUCCACUGGGGUACCUGGGACCCAGCUGUGCUGUUGAGGCACCCUGUGAGCCUACCUGUGAGAAUGGAGGCACCUGUAAGGCUGGACAGUGUGUCUGUCCACCAGGCUACCUGGGACCCAGCUGUGCUAUAGAGGCACCCUGUGAGCCUACCUGUGAGAAUGGAGGCACCUGUAAGGCUGGACAGUGUGUCUGUCCACCAGGCUACCUGGGACCCAGCUGUGCUAUAGAGGCACCCUGUGAGCCUACCUGUGAGAAUGGAGGCACCUGUGUGGCUGGACAGUGUGUCUGUCCACCAGGCUACCUGGGACCCAGCUGUGCUAUAGAGGCACCGUGUGAGCCUACCUGUGAGAAUGGAGGCACCUGUAAGGCUGGCCAGUGUGUCUGUCCUCCAGGCUACAUUGGACAGAGUUGCUCAGAUGAGGCCCCCUGUGAGCCUACCUGUGUAAAUGGUGCCACCUGUAAGGCAGGAGUGUGUAUCUGUCCACCUGGCUUCCUGGGACCCAGCUGUGAAAUCGAUAUUGAUGAAUGUGGCAGCAUUGGGCUGGAGUCUACCAGCCUGUGUGAUCACAACUGUGUCAACACCCUGGGCAGCUACUACUGUACAUGUAGGACUGGCUACCAACUCAGGAAUGACAGCAGCAGUUGCAAGGACAUAGAUGAGUGUUUAGUGGGGAUGGAUGAGUGUCAUCCCACAGCUAACUGCACCAACACCGUCGGCAGCUACACCUGUUCCUGUAACGUUGGACAUGUGGGCGAUGGCAGGGUGUGUCUGGACAUUGACGAGUGUGACUCAGGAACAGCUGACUGUGACCCUGCUGCCACCUGUACCAACACGGCCGGCUCCUACAGCUGUGAGUGUAACGAUGGCUAUGAAGGAGAUGGCAAGACUUGUGUGGCUACCUGCUAUCCCCCCUGUGGCCUGGGGUCCAGGUGUGUCAAUGGGACAUGCCUCUGUCCUCCCGGCUUUGUUGGGGAUGCCUGCAAUGCAGAUGUGGACGAGUGUGUCAUGACACCGGGAGUCUGUGAAUUUGAGUGUGAGAACACCAUCGGCAGCUACAGGUGUGUGUGUCCAGCUGGAUUCAGACUCAACCCAGAGGACCAGUCCACCUGUCUGGACAUAGACGAGUGUGAGGAGGAGGUGUGUUCCCAGCAGUGCAUGAACUCUUACGGCUCCUUCAAGUGCACCUGUGACCUUGGCUUCGUACUGGAUGUAGACGGCUUCAACUGCACAGAACUCAAGUUGUUCCCCUGCACAUUUGAUGGAGUCUUGUACGAGUCGGGGUCCACCUGGGAAGUGGAUCUGUGCACUGAAUGCUCCUGCAAUGAUGGUAUCAUCUUGUGCAGUGAGUGUCCCACACUUCCCUGUACCACCACAGAACAGCCUGAAGGGGACUGUUGUCCACGGUGUAAAGCUUGUAUUCAGGAAGGGUUGGAGUACCAGCACCAGGACUCCUGGUCUCCCAUGUUUGACUCCUGUCAGGUCUGCACAUGUCUGGAGGGUGAGACCCAGUGUGAACCUGUGGACUGUGACCUGCCAUGCACCCACCCUGUAGUGCCCCCUGGUGAGUGCUGCGGGGAGUGCACAGAUUGUUCCUAUGAAGGUUCCGUCAUACCCAGUGGAACAGUUUUCUUCCAGACUCCCAAGAACUGCUCCCAAUGUCUCUGUUUGGAUGGGGAUGUCCAGUGUAUAGAAGAGGAAUGUCCACCUGUGGCUUGCUCCAAUCCCAUCCAGGGGCCUUGCUGUCCAUACUGUCCUGAGGACUGCAUCAUAGAAGAUGAAGAAGGAAGUGGGGUGUACGAACACGGGGAGGUCUUCAACCCCAGCGAUGACCCGUGUGUGGAGUGUACCUGCAUGGAUGGUGAAUUGGAUUGCCAGAGUAUAGAAUGCAUCGUGCCCAACUGUCCCAUAGAGUUCCAGUUCCAGCCACCAGGGACCUGCUGCACUAUUUGCAGUGAGGAACCCAUAGGAUGCCUGACAGCUGACAACACUGUCAUCCCCAUUGGCCGUACCUUCACCCUGCAGGGGGAGCCAUGCAAGUUCUGCUCCUGUCAGGCAGGUGGGAAUGUAGCCUGUGAGACCAUCGAGUGUGAGGUGAGCUGCACCCACCCUGUCACCUACCCGGGGGUGUGCUGUCCGGACUGCUCAGGCGCAUGCUCCUACAAUAACGUGACCUACCCAGAUGGUGGUGCCUUCCCCUCUGCUGAUGCUGACUGUGAGAACUGCACAUGUCUGGAAGGAAAUGUCCAGUGUGAGCCAGUUAGCUGUGCCAUCCUGUGUUCUCACCCCUACCAGCCAGAAGGGGCAUGUUGUCCCAUCUGUGAAGACUGCUACUACCAGGGGAGGUUCCAUGAGAACAGGGGUAUAUUUGUACCAGAGAAUAACCCUUGCCAGACGUGCCUGUGUGCUCUUGGCCAUGUUACCUGCACAUCCAACUGCCCACCUCUCAACUGUACCAACAAAGUUCUCAUACCUGGGGAGUGCUGUCCAGUUUGUACAGAUGAGACCUGUGUGAGAGAAGAUGGUGUCCAGUUUGCCCAGGGCCAGACCUGGACGCCGCUGGACGACCCGUGUACCCAGUGUGCCUGUGUGAGGUCUGGUAUUGUCUGCCGUGCCGUGACAUGUGAGGUGGAGUGCACCUAUGGGCUGCAGACAGAGGAUACAUGUUGUCCUGACUGUAGUGUGUGUGACUAUGAAGAAGUUGUGUACCAGGAUGGCCAAGUCUUCCAGCCCAAUGGUGACGUCUGCACUACUUGUACUUGUGAGGGAGGUGAAGUGAACUGUGUGACCCAGACCUGUCCUGAUCUCACCUGUACCGUCAUCGAGCCGCAACUGGGCAAGUGCUGCCCCAAGUGCCAAGAGUGUGUGGAUGAUGAUGGGAUGAGGUACUCACAUGGGCAGCCCUGGUCUCCAGCCAACGACAGCUGUACCUCCUGUCUCUGUGCUAACGCUGAAAUCAGCUGUACUACUAUUACCUGUCCAGCUGUGUGCGAUAAACCCACCCUUGUACCAGGCUACUGCUGUCCUGUGUGUGAUGGCUGUGAAUAUAACGGUCAGAAGUUCCAGGAAGGGGAUGUGUUCAAGCCGGACGAUGACCAGUGCGUGGAGUGUCAGUGCCAGGAUGACCAGCUGGUCUGCAGCACCAUUGUCUGUCCCAUCCCUGCCUGCAGUGCUGAGGAGACUGUACUGGAGGAGGGGGCCUGCUGUCCCAUGUGCAAAGGUGAGAUACAGAGGGCCGAUUACUGUGAGGUGGAUGAAGUCAGACAUCCCAGUGGCUCAUCCUUCAAACUGGACGACUGUACAACCUGUGUUUGUGAGAAUGGUAACUCCACCUGUAGAACUGAGACCUGUGCCAACCUGCUCUGUCCUACCGACGAGAAGCUAAGACUUCCUGGGGAAUGCUGUCCAAUAUGUAGAGGACUGGCCUGUAUGUUUGAGAACGAGAUGAUUCCUUAUGGAGAGACAUUCACACCUAAAGGGGACAACUGUUCUAUUUGUGUCUGCAAGGGAGGAGACGUGCCUGAAUGUGAGAGGGUUGCUUGUCCCUUACCAAAGUGUAACAUUGGGAAUCAAGUGUUACAGCCUGGUUCCUGCUGUGUGGAGUGCACAGUUGAAGAGUGGUGUUACUACCGAGGAGAUCGGUACCUGCUGGGUGAGACGUGGACAGACGAAUGUAACGACUGUGUGUGUGUCGGAGGCGACUAUCAAUGUACUCCCAGGACAUGCCCCACUCUAGUCUGUAACCAGGGUGAGAUGCCGUUCCCCGUUCCAGAGGCCUGCUGUGAUGUGUGUGUGCCAGAUUCUGGAACCUGUAUCGUGUUUGGUGAUCCCCACUACCGAACGUUUGACGGGCGCUACCACGACUUCCAGGGCACCUGCACCUACAUCCUGUCAGAAGACGGAGUCGACAACACGUUUCAAAUCAUCGUGCAGAAUGCUCUGUGGAGGCAGAUUCAUGACCCUGUCCUGGGAGAAUGCCCUGGGCAGGGCUCGAACACCACGGUAGGGAAUGACGGGAAGGGGACGUACGCGGUGGCGUGGACGCAGCUGGUGUCGAUCCACCUGGGCAGCAACACCAUCGACCUGCUGCCGGGACACAGCGUCUUCGUGAACAAGGAGGUCGUGGAACUUCCUUACGCAGUGGAACCUGUCUUCAGUAUCCAGAGAGCUGGAGAGUACGUGGUGAUGACUGCAGCUAUCGGCAUCAAGGUGUCCUGGGAUGGAGAACACUUUGUGGAGGUGGAGGCUGCGGGGUCCUACAGGGGGAAGCUGCAGGGCCUGUGUGGGGACUUCAAUGCCUAUCCUGAUGAUGAUUUAAGGAUGGCCAAUGGAAAUACUGCCCUGACUGCCUCUGACUUCGGGAACAGCUGGGAGAUAGGCGAGAGGCCAGACUGUUCCUGUCGCUAUGGGAAGGAGAUAAAGCCAUGUGAAAGUGUCUCCUUAGUUGCACAGAUGGAGGCGACAAGACAGUGUAGUAUCCUCAAGAGUGAAAUCUUCCAACCAGCUCAUCGAGUUAUGGCUCCUGAGCCAUUCUUCGAUGCCUGCAGAUAUGACCUAUGUGCCUGUCCGGAGCAGGACCGCUGCUUGUGCGGCAUCCUCUCAGCGUACGCUCACGAAGCCGCAAAACAGCAAGUCAUCCUGGACUGGAGGACCAACAGUUUAUGUGGCAUUUCGUGCCCUGAGGGUUUCCAGUAUGACGAGUGUGGCCCCUCGUGCCCGCAGACCUGUGACAGCACCACCACCCCAGGGGACAGGUGCCUACAGGCGUGCGUUCCCGGGUGCUUCUGUGCAGCGGGCAUGGUGCUGCACAACCUUCGCUGUAUUUCUCCCAGUGACUGCCCCACCACAUGAGACCCUCCAGACUUUCACAGAGAUACCUUUACAGUCUGUCUUAUAUUUCUUACAAACAGUUGUAUGACGUAUGGAAAAGAAAUGCCAUAUACAGCAAAUUUUAGCUUCUUUAGGGCACGGUCACAAAGGUUGUACGGUCGUCGUACGUUUGCUAACUUUUGGGACAGCCAUGCAUGUUUCCUUCAUAGUACAGCUGUCUUGCAACACAAAAAGAUCCAUGUAGGUGGUUGAUUCUGACACAGCCUGCUUGAAAGUCCUACCGCAGCAAAAUCGUACAACAAUUGCACGACCUAUGUGACUGCGCCCAAAGUGAAGAAUCUUUAGUGGUGCACACCCCAUUUUGCCGCAGUAGGGGUCCAUGAUAGUGCGUGGCAAAAAAGUUUUGAAAGGGUUUUGAGGCUUUAAGUUCACAUUGCUCAUAAUCUGCUGCAAAUAACAUUUAUGGAUACUAAAAUGGCUUGAAGACAUAAGAAAGAUAUAUAUUUGGGCUGAAAGUUGAUUAUACUUUACUUCCUGGUAAGUGGAGUUGCUAUGCCUUGCUCAACUGUACCUGAGGUCUCGCUUUUUCCGACAACAUCACUCGUUUAAUGUGUUGCAAAAUUUGUAGAGAUUGAUUUUAUCCAUUGUGAAGGUGCUCGAUUUCUGCAAUAAAUAAUUUUCCUCAAAUUUACUA